CCUGCCGUACACAGAAAGUCAUCACAACAUUUCGUCGGCAUAUGGCGCCUUGUCAUUAUCGUUUAGGCUUUCAACGUCUCUUGUGAAGAUAACUCCGUCUCAACAAUUGAGCUAAUAUGGUUAGGAGUUGUUUGAGAGACUCCAAUGACGACUAAAAAGCCAUCAGUCCCGCACGCAAAGACAUUAUCAGUCCAACAUGGCCGAUCGCAACCACACCGACACAACGCGACGGCCAUCGUCCACUGACCGACAUUCUCGACAAGGCAGCGAUGUGCGCCGCGAGGACUUUGACGACUCGCUCAUGCUGAGACGCACAAAUUCCCUGGAACCUGGUGGCGCCGAGAGCGUUGCUGUACAGGAAUCUCUCCCACCCAGCCGGCCCAAGCACGUCGCCAAUGGGGAGGAUGAUGCCGACGAGCCCGUCUGGCCUCAUUCAAUUCGAUAUAUGGUCUUGCUGUGUGCCUUCCUCACGAGUUUGAGCUUUGGCGUCACGCAGGUCCCGCUACUGUACGUGUUCAGACUGAUGACCUGUGACGCAUACUUCAAAGACCACCCGCAGCAUCAGCCAGGGUCGUUAUCGCUACUCUCAUAUGCCUUUGGGACCAGCACCGAGAACACGGCGGAUAGAUGCUCGAUCCGCCCCAUUGAGAGUGCCACCGCAUUAUCAGUCUCCCUAUUGGGUGCCAGCACCACGGUUUUCGGUCUGCUCAACCUAUUUUUGACUGGCGCGUUGAUCAAGCGGAUCGGCGUGAAACCUACACUUCUCAUCCAAGUCUUCUUCCCCGCUGUACGGCUUCUGGUGCAGAACGUCGGCGUCGAGGUAUGGGGCAAUACAGGCAUUAUCAUCAUUCAGUGCUCCCAGAUCGUGAGUAUCAUUGGCGGGCCCAGUGGGUACCUCUUGGUUCUAAACACAUUCAUUACCGAGGUGGUCGAGUAUGAAGGCCGCACAGCAGCACUGGGCAGGUUGACCGGAAGUAUGAUGUUCGGGUCCGCGCUUGGGUUCCUGGCCGGUGGUAUUGUCGCGGAGUCAUUUGGUAUCAAGGCGCCCUUCCGAUUGACUUUCAUACUGUUCCUCAUCUCGGGUGUUUUUGCGGCUGUCUUCUUACCGCACAUCAACCCUCCGGAGGCACCGGGCGACAAUGCGCCAGGCUCAGAUGCGCUCAAAAACAAGACCAACAAGAAGUCAUGGUUUGCCAGGUACUUCGGGCCAUUGGCGGUCUUUGCGCCACGCAAGUUCAUAGGAACAGAUGGUGUGGUGCGCACGGAACACGGCGCUUUCCUGCUUGCCUGGGGCGUGUUCCUUGGUAUUUUGGCGACAGGAUACCUUCCGACACUGCUCCAACUCUACGCAACAGACAGAUUCUCCUUCGGCACCAAGCAAAACGGCUGGCUGAUCUUCGUGUACUCGACCCUCCGGGGCGUUUUCCUGACAUUCGCAUUCCCGAAAUUCAUCGCAAUAGGACGUAAAAUCAACAUGAGGAAAGAAGAGCGUGCCCGCCAGACCGAGCAGUCCGAGACGACUGAGCGGCAGCCCCUGCUCAGUAGUCAAAACGGACACGCUGAUCCGGACAACAAAGACGCGGCACAUAAGAAGCAGCAGACAUUUACUUUCGACCUGACCUACACGCAGGGUUCGCUGAUCGCUGACGGUCUCCUCACGCUUCUGUGUACGUUCGUCCGCAACGGCUGGCAAAUAUACCUGGUCGCGGCGGUGUUGCCGUUCGCCGCGGGCACGGGCUCAGCAUCGAAAGGCACGAUACUACAAAUGAUCGGUAGUUCGGCGACUAGUAGUGAGAGGACCGAUGCUCUCGCUGGUGUGAGUUUGGUCGAGAAUAUGGCGAGGCUUUCGACGACUUCGAUAUUUGGUAUCAUCUUUGCCGUAUUUGCGGGUAUUGGCAGGACGGAGCUUGUAUUCACGGUCAAUGCUGCCGUGGCACUGAUAGGAUUCUGUGUGUUGCUCUUCGCACGGUUCCCUCUAGAAGGGAGCCGUCCACUCGACAAGGAGAAUAUAUCGGAAGAUUGAUGGAAACGACGUAAAAGCAAUAUAUAUGAGCGUUCCAUUGAAGGUUGGUCAAAGUGGACUUGGGCACGUUUCGCAGAAAGCGUGGGGUAUAUU